CACAAAUUUGGAGAAUUUUUUAAACACAUAUAAUAGCAGUCUCUCUUAUACCACUAUUUUUCUCUCAAAUGAUCAUAUAGCAUACUCGACUCUUCGUCUAUUCAUAUAUAAUCCAAUUAAAGUUUCAAACAGACCAAUUCAGCUGUUGACGAAGAAUUUAUCAAACAAAGAAAAACUAAGACUAAGACAAAGAGAUCCCUUGAUAUACAACUACCCUCUUCAUUAAAUAACUAUACUCUUCCAGCUCUAUAACUGUAUUGAUCAUCAACAGGAAUUAGUAACAAUGGAGUACAUCAUAAGGUCAUAUAAUUUUACUGGUCUCCUCAAGUUAACCAUUGUUAUCUUUUUCUUAUUCCUACUCGAGAAAACCUCUUCAGUUUCCUUCAGCUUCCCUCAAAACAAAAGUGAAAUUGAAGUGGAGAAGAACGCAAGCAUUUCAAACUACGAGACUCUAGAACUCACAACGAAUAGAGUUGAUGCUACUCUUAUCGACAGCUAUGGUCGAGGAUCGUACAACAAGCCGGUUCAGCUUUGGGAUCCCAAAACAAAACUUGUUACAGAUUUCACUACUAAUUUCACAUUUUCCAUUAAUGGACUCGGCGAAAGGGAGACCGGAGAUGGCUUGGCGUUCUUCAUUGCCCCUUUUGAAUCUAAAAUCCCAGACCGAUCACAAGGCGGAUGCCUCGGAUUGACAAGCCAAGAAUUUUGGAACGAUUCUAGUAUUGCUAGCCCUUUUGUGGCCGUAGAAUUUGAUACUUACAAAAAUGAAUGGGAUCCCAGUCCUAUUAAUCAUGUUGGCAUAAAUGUCAAUUCACUGAUCUCAAAAACAUAUGCCUCUGUGGAAACUGAUAUGAAAGAUGGAAGCAGAAAGGCAAAUGCUAGGGUAAGUUAUAACUCUACUUCUCAAAAUCUUACUGUGUUUCUCAGCUAUGCGGGUAAUGCUACAGUAAGUGGUGAAAACACUAGCCUUUCAUAUGUAGUAGAUUUGAGGUUCUUAGGGGAACAUGUAAGAGUGGGUUUCUCAGCAGCUACAGGCUUUCGAUUUCAAUUACAUCAAGUUUUCUCUUGGUCAUUUAACUCAACCUUGGACCUCGUUAUUGCCAAUAAUAAUACCAACUCUCCUCGCCCGAGCUCUCCAAAUCCAACCUUGGGAUCCACCAAGAGGGGUGGAAAAGGCCAAAAAGCAUUAAGGAUUGGUUUGGGUGUGGGUUUGAGUAUUCUAUGUUGUGGAGUAGGUUUGGUGUGGUUCAUGUUUAGGAGAAAUAGAUCAGUUGACGAAGAAGCAGAGGAGGAAGAUUAUGACGUUUCCAUUGAUGGGGAAUUAGAAAGAGAGUCUGGCCCCAAAAGGUUUACCUAUCGAGAGCUAAGCCAAGCAACAAACAACUUUUCUGAAGAUGGGAAACUUGGAGAGGGAGGCUUUGGAGGUGUCUACAAAGGCAUGUUAAGCGAAUCCAACACUGAAGUCGCAGUUAAGAAGGUUUCUAAGGGUUCAAGGCAGGGGAAGAAAGAGUAUAUUUCUGAGGUAAAAAUUAUAAGUCGUUUAAGACAUAGGAAUUUGGUUCAACUUAUUGGUUGGUGCCACAAACGAGACGAGCUCCUUGUUGUUUAUGAAUAUUUACCUAAUGGAAGCCUUGAUACACACCUAUUCGGUGAAAAACCCAUGUUACCGUGGGCAACAAGGCAUAAAAUAGCUCUUGGUUUGGCCUCAUCUCUCUUGUAUCUUCAUGAAGAAUGGGAACAGUGUGUGGUGCAUAGAGAUAUCAAAUCUAGCAACAUCAUGUUGGAUUCAAACUUCAAUGCUAAAUUAGGAGACUUUGGGCUAGCAAGGCUAGUUGACCAUGAAAUGGGCUUAGACACAACAAUAGUUGCUGGAACAAGAGGUUACCUAGCUCCUGAGUGUUUUACUACCAGCAAGGCUAGCAAAGAGUCUGAUGUCUAUAGCUUUGGGGUGGUGGCACUUGAAAUCUGCUGUGGAAGAAAGCCAAUUGUACUAAAUGCAGGAGAAGGCAAAGUAAUGCUGGUGGAGUGGGUGUGGGAGCUUUAUGGGAGAAACCAACUUGUCGAGGCCAUUGAUAAGGGAAUUGUUAGUAAGGAAUACAAUGAAAAGGAAAUGGAGUGCGUGAUGGUUGUUGGGCUGUGGUGUUGCCAUCCUGAUCCGACAUGUCGGCCCUCUAUAAAGCAAGUGAUGAGUGUUCUUAAUUUUGAAGCUGCGUUGCCUAAUCUGCCGCCAAAAUUGCCUGUGCCAAUGUAUGCUAUGCCUACAUUCAAUAUAGCUUCUCUUGAAUCUUAUUCAUUAAGUACUGUUGUUACAGGGAGCUCCUCUGCUUCGACAACUUCGGCCAGUUCUUCUAAACCUUUGUUAAAAUUUUCAGAUGCUGUUUAAUUCUUUCUCAUGUAUAUAUAGUUUAAAAAUUAUAAUCAUCUGUCCAAGAAGUGCAUUUUUUUUUUCUCUUUCAUUCUCUUAUGUGCUUAUUAUUCUCAUCAUCUGGGUAAAAAUGUUGUAGAAGUUGUUAUUUAUACAGCGUUGGAUUCUCUGAUUUAAAAAAAUAUUAAAAGACCAUUUGUUUUUUAAAAUUAUAAAAUAGUUCCCGAUAAAAUUUUAAUCAAAA